GCAGGUAUAGAGGAAGUAAAGUGAUGUGCAAGAGUAGUGCCAGGAGAACAUAUGAGGUAAGAAAUGGCUGGGUGAGGACUAGGAAUCUGAUGAGUCAGAGAUCAGAGACAAUAUUCCAUAAAAAUUGUCACUUCCCAUCAGGUCUUGAGCUGCGGGAGGACAUUGACACAGUGCUGCAGCCGAACAUGGUGGUGUCAAUGGAGCCUAUGGUGACUGUUCCCGAGGGACUACCUGGAGCAGGGGGAUACCGGGAACAUGAUGUCCUGGUGAUCAAUGAAGAUGGAUCGGUUGAAAACGUAACAGGUUUCCCCUUCGGACCAGAACACAACAUUUUCAAGAAGUAAAGAGAUGAUGAAGGAAACCUUUCUGAUGCUAUCGGACUCUCCUGGGAAGAAAGAGAAUGUUUUUUUUCUUUCUUACACACGCACACGCACACAGGCACACGCACACAGUUG